AUGUCAGCCGGAUUGUGCCCAUUACUCACACUAUCACCACAAGCAGCAGCAGCAGCCGCAUCCACACGGUAUCUUCGCUCGGCAAUCACGCAAACAUCAACACCAAAACGCCAUUGUCGUACACCUCCACCGACGUUCUUUCCUUACCCUCGACCUUUUUUCAACGCACAACUUGCUUUAUCGCCCAGUGCGUUGAUCAGCCAAACAACAUCUUCAGCACUGAAUUCUUGUCGAUUUGACUGUAAUCAUCUGAUCAGUGAGCUACCACGAAUUCAGAAUCUCAUCUGCGAGAAGCAGCAACAGAACGCACAACAAGCGAUCACCGAUACCACUUCACCAUCGCCAGGUGACCAAAACGAUUCACCACCAAUUGCAGAAAUUGCACAGCAAAAUCAUUGUUUGCAUACCGAAAAUAUUUUCGGAGAUGAUGUUGUCAAUGAAGUGCGCAUUGAAGACGGUGCUCCUGGUGCCGAUAAGAACGGACCCAGCGACAUCGGUGAUCCGGAUAGCAGUGGUAAGGACAAAGCUGAUGACAGUUCCAACAAUGAGGAUAAUGACACUGAUAAGGAUAAC